GUUCGGGAAAGCUCGGCUGAUGGGGAGCGUCUGCGUUUUCGAACCUCAACCCGAGAAAUCCUGCCCUUUGCCUCGCCUUGCCCAUCACCGAGGAAUCCACCACCGAAUCCCCCGUGCAAAUCCGCCAACAUGAAGCCCACUCAGGCUCUCCGAUCUCACCUUGAUCCUAUCAACGGACACUACCUGGGCAACUGGGGCCACUUCGGUGGUGAGAAGCAGCGUGGUAUCAUUACCUAUGGUCUGUCCGCCAACCGACAGAACCCCUGGGCCGGAUCCGUCCACGCCGCCAUCUUCAACACCUUCCGCCGCACCAAGGGCCAAAUCUUCUACUGGCUUCCCCCUAUGAUUGCCGGCUACUACCUUAUGGACUGGGCCACUGAGCGCAACCACUACUACCAGUCCAAGGCCGGCCGUGCCGAGUUUGGCGAUGAGGAGGAAUAGAGCACCUACAGACUGGAAACGAGUGUUGGAGUAGAGGUGGUCCUCUGGACUCAUUGUACAUCAUUGCCUAGACCUAGGGACGCAAUAGACAAUUGUCACAUCA